AUACAUCAAACGACAUUUGUUUAGAACUAGCGUACUCAGUUGGUUACCUUGUUAAAGGACAGUUACAAUGGAAACACUACAACACCAUCCGUUGAUAGAAAUAUCAGUCGACGACGUUAUUAAGGCAAGAGAGUUUUAUGGGAUUAAUGAUGCUAAAAGAAUAACGGAAAGUCUAGACCUUAUAGACGAAUGGUGCAAGAAACAAGACCAUUUAUCAGAGGCUUGCAAAGCAUUAAAUCGUAAUAUUUUAGAAAGGAUACUGAUUCUGUCUCGAGGAUCAGUGGAAGCCACAAAGAUUAAAAUCGACAAAAUGUUCACGUCAAGAGCUAUGAUGCCCGAGCUGUGUAUGAACAGAAGCGUGGAGGAAUUUGAAACGCUUUGGGAAUAUGGACUCUACGUACCACUCCCAAAGCUGUAUAAAAUGGACCAAUCGAGGGUGAUGGUGACACAAUUUUCAUCGGAAAAAUUAGAACAAUUUAGCUUAUUAUCAUACUUUCGAUAUGCGUUUAUGAUAGGAGAAUACAGGCUACACUAUGACUAUUGUUUAUCGGAGAGAUAUAUCAUCGAUCUAUCGAAUAUUCACAUUGGACUGCUUACAAAAGUGAACCCUAUACUGGUGAAGAAAGCAGAAGUGUUGUGUACAGAAGGUUUCGGUACAAAAAUAAAAGGCAUUCACUUACUGAAUGCGCCGUCCUUCGUGGACAGGAUUGUUUCUCUCAUAAAGCAAGGUCUUAAAGAAAAGGUAGCCAGGCGGCUUCACGUGCAUAAUUCAUAUGCGGACCUACAUAAGCAUAUCCCAAAAGAAAUACUACCUAAGGACUACGAAGGGGAUGGCCCGAGCUUAUCUAAAUUAGCAGAACAAUGGAAAGAAUCGCUGAGAACUGAAGAAGCCAGACAGAUAAUAAAAGACAGCGACAAAUUGGUAGCUGACGAGUCUCGACGCAAUUCCUCAAAGUUCAACGAAGAGUAUUUAGGAAUGCCCGGGUCCUUUAGGAAAUUGAAUGUAGAUUAAUCUAGAAUUUACCGAGGCGUUGUUUACGGUGGUGUGAAUGUGAAAAAUUUCUUCCAAGUUAGGUAUUUUAUGGUUUGUUGAAGAUAAUUGUAUUGAAUGUUAAGAUUAAGGGUUGUCAAAUAUAUAUUUUAAGACGGACAAAGUAAGAAUUGUCAAGUAGUUGCCACGCAUAUUGAA